AUGGAAGCAGAAAUUCCAAGCUACAUUCCGGACAUACUUGAGCAUCCCGUCGUGCACUUUACACAGCGCUACGAUUGGGAUUGUGGAUUGGCAUGCAUUUUAAUGGUGUUGGAUCGCCGGCAACGGCAGACGUUCCUAACCCAGUUCCAGCAAAUUUGCGACGAGGGCCAAUUUGGCAAAAGCACGUGGACGAUUGAUUUGUGCUACAUUCUGAAGGACUUCAGCGUACCGCUAAAGUACCUCACGAAAACGCUUGGCGCGAACCCGAAGCACCGCAUCAAUGAUUACUACAAAUCAUACACACUGGAUAUGCUGCGGGUGAACAACAAGUUCCGCUACGCCGAGCAGAAUGGAGUGGAUGUUACCCAAUCCACCGUCCACUAUCGGUUCUUGAUCGACCACCUGGGGACGUAUGGCAACAUUAUCAUGCUCGUAAGUGCCUCUCUACUGUACUGCGAUCUGUGUAAAUUCAACAAACUACAUUGCGAAAUACGUUCCUGCCUCAGCAUUACACCCACUUACAUGGGCCACUACAUAGUUCUGUGCGGGUACAACAAACGGCUGCAGAAAUUCAUGUACCGCAAUCCAGCCUGCAGGGACAAAGUGUGCUACAUUCCGUACCAGGCUCUAGACAAGGCUCGCAAAGCGAACGGUACAGACGAGGAUAUCAUCCUGCUGUACGACAAACCAACAUGACAUCCUAACCGAGCGACCUUUUCGCAGAUGACUAUAGGGAGCACACGUACUGUUUUCUAGUCUACCCAGCGAUUGAGACCCAUUUCUUUUUGUAUUAUUAUCACUAUAAUUUCCACCAUCAAUAAAUUAUACAACCGUUCCAAUA